UUGUCGCCUCGGCGACUUCCUGUCAAGCAUACUCGUGACGCGUUUUUUGUUUUUUUUUUAGUUUAUCUUCCCACAACAAAUAUGCAACUGUUUCAAGUUUUAAAACUCAGGUAUUUUCACGUUGCAUGACACCUUCAUUGGUGUAGUAACUGUCCAAACUGCUAGCAAAAUGGAUGUAAUCGAGAGGACGUGUUGUGUUGUGACGGUGUCAGAUCCCCUUUCUGAUCGCAGACCCGGGAGCUGCAGUGGCGUUAUUCUCAAUGAACCAGCCGGAAUGGUGAUUUGCAGCGGUCUCCUAUUUUCCCGUUUUUUCGACGGUAAAGAAACUUUUUCUACGGACCACGGGUUCCUGUUGCCACACAGUUCGACUGAAAAAGUUAAUAUUCACGUACAUCUCUCUGAACAUCGAGAUCUGGACAUCAACCAGUGCGCAUACGAAGCAUCCACGGUUCACCGAGGCAGUGCAACCUACCAUCACAAAGCCACAGCUGAGCUAAUGCUGCUCGUCAACUGCUUGGAGUUCAGAAGGGCUUUCAAGUCAAUCUUCAGGGAGGCUGACAAGUGGCAUUUCCAUGGUAGCGAAGAGGACGAGGAACUGGUCAGAGACUCCCACCUCCUUAGCUGGUUUGCUGUACUCAAGUCAAGUCUUGUGGACGGUGCUCCGGAUUCAGGCACAGUUCCCUGGCUGAAAAGCUCCUCUCUCCAAAAAGGAUGCUCGGUCAUUGCAUGUGGUUCCCCCUUUGGUUCUCUGUACCUAGAUCUCUUCAGCAGCGCACUCAGUAAGGGCAUCAUCAGCAACCUAGCAGGAGAGGACAAUGCUGUCAUUUUCACAGAUGCCCGCUGUUUGCCCGGCACCGAGGGAGGGGGUCUCUUUCUACAAAACGGCAAUCGCGUGCACCUUGUUGGACUGAUCGUGUCUCCGCUGUGCUGGAAAGCAAAUGAGUGGAUAGGACUCACCUUGGUUUGCUCGGUGCAACUGAUCGUGAAGCAUAUAAUGUGCAGUGUGAAGGUUCAACAUCCACUGAAAGAGAUUCACUUUCAUAAGGGUGCAUCAGACCUGUUGAACACAACGCUUACCUCGGAAAACGAUAAAUACCCCACUGUGUGUUUGAUAGAUAGUGGACAGUUCUGGGGCUCUGGGGUUGUAGUUAGCCCCCAGCUGGCUCUGACCUGCCGGCAUGUUAUCAGUGGAAAGUCAUUUGUCACCCUGAGGUUCUCUCACAGGAAUAGGUUCACUGACGUUGUGGGAGAUGUGCUGUUUACCACUAAGGCAUCUUCACCCUAUGACCUGGCUUUAGUGAAGCUGAGACACCCUGCCCCUGAGGUAGUGGUCCCACGGUUGGCCGAGACCGUUCAGCCAGGUGAGGAUGUAGUGGUGGUCGGUUAUGGUGCGUUGGGUCGGAGCUGUGGACCCUCCAUGACCUGUGGUAUCCUCUCCAAAGUCAUCAGCUGGAAUUACCGACCUGUCAUGCUGCAGACCACCUGCGCAGUACAGGCAGGGGCCAGCGGGGGCGCUGUGGUUCGGGCACGCUCGGGAGAGUUGUUGGGUAUCGUAUCCAGCAAUACAAGGGACUUUGCCACCCAGGUGACCUACCCGCACCUCAACUUCAGUAUUCCUGUGACUGUAUUCCAGCCCUUGCUGCACCGUUUCAAUCAGACGAGAGAUGUUGAGGUGUUCAGGGCUUUGGACGCCACAGAGGAAGAAGUGUUAAGGGUGUGGAGGUUGCAAGGUGCUCAAAGCAAGCUUUAAUUAAUGUGAGAUUUGAAACGCUGCGGUAGAAACAUGGACACAGAUGCCCGCUUCUUGACUCGCUUAUGGAUUAACCGUUGUCAAAGGAACCAGCACUUGGAUAGAAUCGGUUUUAUUUGGUCUGAUGUUAGUUUAGUCAUUAGUUUUAUAAUAACUCAUAAAUCAUUUAAUUUUCAUGGUAAAAAAAGGAGGAGGAAUAAGUAUAAAUAGCUUGUCUGUCAAGGAGUCACUAAUGAAAUUUCAUGGUGUCAUGUGCCUUGAUCAUAUUUUAUUUUUAAACAAUCCUUAAUGUUAAAUAAUGUCUGAAAUUGCACCUUGCAAUUUCAACAUGACCACUUCUUAAAAGCUGUGUUAAAGUGAACAUAAGCUCCUUGAGUAGAAAUGUCAUAUUAUUAUUUCAUAGAAAUACCAACAUGAUUGUAUUUACAGCACUGCAAUUUCUUGUGAUUAA